AUGGACGCUCUCUUCGUCAACCAGUGCUCCAUCUCCGGCCUGAAACUCGCCCCAAAGCUCACAACCACCCCUUUCCCUUCCCAAUCUCUUCACCGCCUCAAACCCACCUCCAAGCCCAACCUCACAUCCGCCUCCGUUAUCCAGAACCAGCAAAGCCAAUCCCUUGAAACCCAGAAACCAUUUCCGUUCUCAGACGACAAUGAAGACAAACCAGACGACGAGUCGUACGGCGAGGUCGACAGGAUCAUCGGAAGCAGAGCGCUGGAGGGCGGCAAGGGGAUGGAGUAUUUGAUUUCGUGGAAAGACGGUCAUGCCCCUUCGUGGGUCCCAUCGGAUUUCAUAGCCAAAGACGUGGUGGCGGAGUACGAGAGCCCAUGGUGGACCGCCGCCAAGAAAGCCGACGAGUCGGCACUGAGCCAGCUCAUAGCCGCGGAGGACGACUGGCGCGACGUCGACGCCGUGGACGGAGACGGCCGCACCGCUCUCAUAUUCGUCUCGGGUCUCGGGUCGGAGCAGUGCGUUCGGGUCUUGGCAGAAGCCGGAGCCGACUUGAACCACCGCGAUAACGGCGGGGGACUAACCGCGUUGCAUAUGGCGGCAGGGUACGUCCGGCCAGGUGUCGUGAAGUUAUUGGUGGAGCUAGGUGCGGAUCCCGAGGUGGAGGAUGACAGGGGACGGAAGCCGUUGGAUUUGGCUAAGGAGGUACUUAAAACGACGCCGCAGGGGAACCCGAUGCAUUUCGCGAGGAGGUUGGGGCUGGAGAGUGUAAUUAGAGAGCUUGAGGGGACAAUAUUCGAGUACGCGGAGGUGCAGGAGUUGCUGGAGAAGAGAGGGAAGGGGGAUCGCUUGGAGUAUUUGGUCAAAUGGAAGGACGGUGGAGAUAACGAGUGGGUCAACGCGAAGUUGAUAGAUGAGGAUCUGGUGCGGGACUUCGAGGCUGGGCUCGAGUACGCCGUGGCGGAGGGUGUGGUGGGGAAGAGAGUUGGGGAUGAAGGGACGAUGGAGUACUUGGUGAAAUGGACGGAUAUAGAUGAGGCCACGUGGGAGCCGGAGGAGAAUGUUGAUCCUGAUUUGAUUAAGGAGUUCGAGGAGGCCCAGAAUGUGAGUGGGCCGGGGAGUGUGGAGGAGGCCCAAUUGAGAAAGUAG